GUUUUAUUGAAUGGAUUACAAGUGAAGAUCAAUGCAUUUGAAUGCAAAUCCAUGUCUUCAAGUAAUGGUGGAUUGAAUGGCAAUCACAUGAAAGGUUGGACACAAUUUGGUGACAAUUGAGCGCCAAUUCAUUGCCACAUAUUUUAUGGACAAAUCAUUGCUUUUAAUAUCAAAAUAAACAAUACUUUGCAUUCAAUUCACACAACAAUUGCUUUAAUUGUGAUUAAACUCAAGUGUAUUGUCUGAACACCGAUACCAUGGGAGACAACGGGACUGCCGGAGACAUUGUCUCUGAAAAUGACUCGAUUGCUGACACCAACCAAUUGGACACAAAUGGCACUCAAAAUGAGGGCAGUGAUGAAGUGGAAGUGUCACUGGACUUGGAAGCGCUUGAGAUUGAGUUGAAUCACUCGAGAGUGUCAUCGAUGGCCGUAUUGAGUGUAUUGACCAAAACUGAGUGUUUGGGUCUCAGGAAUAACACGAUUAAGACCAUCGAAGGAAUCAAUCAAUUGCUUGGUCUCCGAGAACUCGAGUUAUACGACAAUCAGAUCACAAGAAUCGAGAAUUUGGACGCUUUGGUCCACUUGGAGUCAGUUCUUGAGAUUCCGAUUAUCUAUCGAUUAGUUCUGGAUCUGUCGUUCAAUCGGAUCCGCAAAAUAGAGAAUUUGGAGAAUUUAGUGAAUCUGAAGAAAUUGUUUUUAAUUAAUAAUAAAAUCUCCAAAAUCGAGAAUUUAUCUCAAUUAGCAAAUCUGGAACUCUUGGAGUUGGGAUCAAAUAGGAUUCGUGUGAUCGAGAACUUAGAGAAUUUGGUUAAUCUUAAGAGUCUAUUCGUGGGCAAGAAUAAGAUCACAAAAUUAGAUAAUUUAAAUCCACUCAAGAAUUUAGAGCUUUUAAGUAUUCAGAGCAAUAGGAUCAUCAAAAUAGAGGGCUUGGAUCAGAACCACAACUUGGAUCAGUUCUACAUCAGUAAUAACGGCAUUACUGUGAUCGAAGGUCUGGACAACAAUAAAAAGCUGCAGACAUUGGACUUAGCGGUGAAUAAGUUGAAGCGAUUGGAAAACAUUGAACACUUGACUCAAUUGGAGGAGUUGUGGUGCAAUGACAACGGAAUCGACGACUGGAAAGACUUAGACGUAUUGCAAAAGCUGUCGGCUUUGCGUACCGUUUACUUUGAACGCAAUCCCGUCGCCAGUCAUCAGAUGUACAGAAAGAAAAUUAUGUUAAUUUGUCCGCAAAUCACACAAAUCGAUGCCACGAUGUGUCGCACGUAGACAUCGUUUCUAUCAUUUGAUUGUUUCAUAAAACUUUGUUUUCUUAUUUGUUUUUUAACUUUUAAUAUUAUGGUAAUACCUUAAUUACAGUAUAUUUUAAGCCAUAAAGCAGUGCCUCUAC